CUGACCCUGUCAGUGAACAUUCACACACCUGCAGCUCCGUGAGAAGGUGCCAGUCCCACGAAUGCAUGCCAUGUUGAAGAGAGCUUCUUUUGCUCCCUGCUGUUUCUUUGAAGCUUAGAAAAGUUCCUGGCUGACUAAGCACUUAAUAAAGAUCCUGAAUAGUAACUAUGGUUUCUUUGGCCACCAUUCUGAAGACAAGCAGAGGCAUAAGGACAACAUUCAUUCUGUUCCUGUGACUUGUACCUUCCAUGGAUAUGGGGGUUUGGAUUCAUCUUCGUGAUUUAAAUGAGGAAGUCAGUGAUAAGAUACUUGGAAAGAGAAUGGGACUUAUCAGAAAAAUUUAUAUAUUUUGUAAUAUUGUUAUGUCAGUAGAAGGCUGGGCUCCAAAACUUCCAGAAGAAAAGGAAAUGACCACCAACUACUCCGGCAUGUCUCUGAGAAAGGUUCCCACACUGGCCCCCGCCACGAUCACACUGGAUUUAUCCCACAACUUCUUAUUUCAACUCCAGAAUUCCGAUUUUCUUUCUGUCUCCAAACUGAAAGCUUUAAUUGCAUCCCAUAACAGAAUCCAACAGCUGGAUAUCAAGAUCUUUGAAUUCAACAAAGAGUUAAGAUAUUUAGAUUUGUCUCACAAUAGACUGAAGGUGGUAACUUGGUACUCACUGACAGCUCUCAGACACUUAGAUCUUUCCUUUAAUGACUUUGAAACAGUGCCUAUUGGUGAGGAGAUUGGCAACAUGACACAACUGGAAACCCUCGGUUUGAGUGGAGCAAAAAUACAAAAAUCGGAUUUCCAGAAAAUCGCUCAUUUGUAUCUCAAUACUGUCUUCUUUGGGCUGAGAAGUCUUUCUCACUAUGAAGAAGGUAGCCUGCCCCUCUUAAAUACAACAAAACUUCACAUAAUUUUACCAAUGAACAUACAUUUCUGGGUUCUUUUGCGUGAUGGACUCAAGACUUCAAGAAUAUUACAAAUGACAAACAUAGACGGCAAAAGCCAGUUUUUAAAUUAUGACACUCAACAAAAUCUGACUUUAGAGAAUGCCAAGACAUCUACUCUGUUAUUUAAUAAAGUUGACGUACUCUGGAAUGACCUUCUCCUCAUUUUCCAAUUUGUUUGGCACACAUCAGUGGAAUACUUCCAGAUCCAAGAAAUGACAUUCGGAGGUCAGGUGUAUCUUGACAAUUCAUUUGACUACACAAAUACCGUAAUGAGAACUGUAAGACUGGAGCAUGUCCAUUUGAGAGUUUUUUCUAUUCCACAGGAUACAAUCUACUUGCUUUUUACAAGGAUGGAUAUAGAGAACCUGACACUAUCAGAUGCAAAAAUGCCUCAUAUGCUUUUCCCUAAUUCUCCUAAAAGUUUCCGGUAUUUAAAUUUUGCCAAUAAUAUCUUAACAGAUGAACUGUUUAAAAAUCCUAUCCAGUUGCCUUAUUUGAACACUCUGAUUCUGAAGGGUAAUAAGCUGGAGACACUUUCCUUAGUGAGUUGUUUUGCUAACCACACAGCCUUGAUGUACUUGGAUCUAAGCCAAAAUCUCUUGCAGCACAUAAAUGAUGAAAAUUGCUUGUGGCCAGAAACGUUGGUCCAUAUGAACUUGUCAUCGAAUAAAUUUGCUGAUUCUGUCUUCAGGUGCUUGCCCAGAAAUAUUCAAAUUCUUGACCUGAACUAUAACAACAUUCAAAGUGUCCCCAAAGAGAUUACUCAUCUGAAGUCUUUACGAGAGCUAAAUAUUGCAGUUAAUUUUCUAACUGAUCUCCCUGAGUGCAGUCAUCUCAGGAAACUCUCAGUUCUGAACAUUGAAAUGAACUUAAUUCUCAGCCCAUCUCUGGAAUUUUUUCAGAGCUGCCAGGAGGUUAAGACUCUAAAUGCAGGAAAAAAUCCAUUCCGGUGUACUUGUGAAUUAAGAAAUUUCAUUCAGCUUGAAAAAUACUCAAAGGGCAUGAUGGUUGGAUGGCCAGAUUCAUACAUCUGUGAAUAUCCUUUGAAUCUAAAAGGGACUCUAUUAAAAGAUGUUUAUCUUUCUGAGUUGUCUUGCAACACAGCUUUGUUGAUUGUCACCAUUGUUGUCCUCUUGCUGAUUUUGAUGAUGCCUGUGGCUGUCUGUUUCCUCCGCUUUGAUGUCCCCUGGUACUUCAGGAUGCUGGGUCAAUUGAUGCAGACAUGGCACAGGGCUAGGAAGGCAGCACAAGAGCAACCUAGGAGAAACAUCCAAUUCCAUGCAUUUAUUUCAUACAGUGCACACGAUUCUCUCUGGGUAAAGAAUGAAUUGGUCCCCAAUCUAGAGAAAGAAGAUGGCUCUGUCUUGAUUUGUCUUUGUGAGAGAAACUUUGACCCUGGCAAGAGCAUUACUGAAAACAUCAUUAACUGCAUUGAGAAGAGCUACAAGUCCAUCUUCGUUUUGUCCCCCAAUUUUGUGCAGAGCGAGUGGUGCCAUUAUGAACUCUACUGCCAUGAAAAUUCUGAUCACAUCAUUCUUCUCCUCCUGGAACCCAUUCCACUAUACUGUAUUCCUACUCACUUUCAUAGGCUGAAGGCUCUCCUAGAAAAGAAAGCAUACUUGGAAUGGCCCAAGGAUAGGCGUAAAUGUGGGCUUUUUUGGGCAAAUCUUCGCAUUGCUAUUAGUGCUAAUUUAACAGACAUCAGAGAAAUGUGUGAACUACAGACUUUCACAGAACUGAGUGAAGAGUCCCGGGGUUCUGCUGUCUCUCUAAUAAGAACAGAAUGUGUGUAAAGUACCUGCCAACCCCCAGGGCAACUGGGGACAACAUAUACUGUUGGAACAUGAGCGGAUACAGCUUUUAUGAUGGCAAUUUGGCAAUAUCUAUUAAAAGGAGAAAUGAAAAAAUCAUGUCCAUUCCUAGAAAAAUUUCUAAGAAUGUAUUCUCAGAAACAUCUGCAAACAUUUGCAAAGGUUUGUGUAAAAAGGUGUUUAUAAUCAUAAAAAACUGAAAAGCAUCCCAAAUGUCCUCCAAACAUUGAUUCAAGCAAGUAUAAAACAUCUAUGAUGGAAUGCUAUAUAGCCAUUAAAAAUAAUUAGGCAGUUCACUAUUCAUUGGUGUAGAGAAGCUUGCAUUAAUAUGUUAGUUUAUACAUUGAAAUAAAAGUAUAUGAGAUUCUAUAUCUCUAGGUUGAAUAACAGGAAGCAUUUUCUUUCUAUGUUGUACUUCUCUAUAAUAGUUGAAUUAUUUAGAGUGACUCUGUAUUUCUUUUUCAAAUAAAAAAAUUAAGAUAAUUUGUAAAA